GAAAUCAGAGAGCACACACAGGAAGGAAAGGAAGACUGCUUCACACUAUUUCUCUCUCUCAGGUAGACAGAUAGACGAGUGAAUGAGAGACAGACACAGGGACAGUGAGCUGCAAGGGAAGAGUGAGAUAUAGUAAGGAAGAGACACAGACAGACAGAGGGAGAGAGGGAGGGAGAGAGAGAGAGGGAGGGAGACAGGUGAGUCUGUCUCUCUCUCUCGGCCAGAGCGAUUGUCACACUGGCCUCUGGAACAGCGAUGGCCUUCACCUUCGCCGCCUUCUGCUACAUGCUCACACUCGUCCUGUGUGCUGCACUUAUCUUCUUUGUCAUCUGGCAGAUCAUUGCAUUUGAUGAACUGAGAACCGACUUUAAAAACCCCAUCGACCAGAGCAACCCGACCAGAGCGAGAGAGAGAAUCCUGAACAUCGAGAGAAUCUGCAACUUACUCAGGAAGUUGGUGGUUCCUGAAUAUUCUAUCCAUGGUUUGUUCUGUCUGAUGUUCCUGUGUGCUGGUGAGUGGGUCACACUUGGUCUCAACAUCCCACUGCUCUUCUACCAUAUGUGGAGGUUUUUCCACCGGCCGGCUGAUGGCUCUGAGGUGAUGUACGACCCCGUCAGUGUGAUGAACGCAGAUAUUCUUAAUUACUGCCAAAAAGAGUCGUGGUGCAAACUGGGUUUCUACCUGCUCUCCUUCUUCUACUACCUGUACAGCAUGGUUUACGCUCUGGUCAGCUUCUGAUCAACGAACAGACAAAAGGAGGAAGAAAAAAAAAAGAAAGAAAGAAUGCGUGAUGUUCUGUCCUCCUCCUCCUCAGCCAACAACAGAAAUGAGACCCACUGAGAUGCUGGGAGAGAGAGACAGACAGACAGAGAGAGAGACAGGGAGAAAGACACGGAGAAGCUCGAGCAGCAGUGAUGUUUCAUUAUUGAGUUUUAUUUCUUUAAGGGCUGCUGAACAUUUCUGCUGCUCGGAGCAACACGGCGAAUCACCUCCACUGCGAUGAGAUGUGAUCAUCACUGAUGAUCAUCUUCUGAUCUACAGACUCCAGAUUCGAUGCCAUAUAAUAUCCUUUUUCAUUUGCGAAAAAGACUUUUGUGUAAAUGACCUCCGUUUAGUUCUAAAGUGUUAGAUUAGCGCUGAAGCUUUCACUGUUUUAGUCCAGUGGUAGAUUCUAUUUACUUUAAUAAUAUAUCCAUUUUAUUCUCAAAUUCAGUUGUUGUAUCUUAAUCCAGGGUAGAAACUACUCGUGUCCUUACACUAAGACAAACUGCACAAACUUUAUAUUUAUACGACUGAACAGCGACGGCGAUGUUUACACUGAGCAACCAAUGAAACGAGAACAUUAUCCAGGCCGGGAAAACUGUUCAGACCAUCUGUGGGACUUUUAAGGAGAGACUGGAAUCAUUUUGAGAAUCGGUGUAAAUAAAUACACACCCGCACACACACACACACACACACACAUACACACACACACACACAAUGUUGUCAGCCUUACAGAGAAAAGCCAACGCCUCCGUAUCACUGUGGAGACGCAGCAGGUCCCCUGAGACAGAAUAAGUCCAUUUCUUCCUGGACUGAGAUGGAACGGGAUACAUGGAAGCAGACUGAGAGAUGGAUUUAAACAGCGACAGAGUGGAAGAGUGACAAAGUGAGAAAAAGUGAACGUUAGACUAAGACAUACCAGGACACUUGGAGUGGGACAUAGGGAGAUAAACCAAGAGACUGAUACAGAAGGAGUGAGACAGGCUGAAUUGGACUGUGAUGACAGAAGGAGUGAGACAGGCUGAGACAUAGUGAAACAGACUGAGGUUGAGUGAGACAGGCUGAGACACAGUGACAGUCCGAUAUUGAGUGAGAAAGGCUGAGGUUGAGUGAGACAGGCUAAGACACAGUGAGAAAGGCUGAGACACAGUGAGACAGGCUGAAAUGGACUGCAAUGAUGGAGGGAGUGAGACAGGCUGAGACAUAGUGAGACAGGCUGAGGUUGAGUGAGACAGGCUGAGACACAGUGAGACAGGCUGAGAUGGACUGUGAUGACGGAGGGAGUGAGACAGGCUGAGACAUAGUGAAACAGACUGAGGUUGAGUGAGACAGGCUAAGACACAGUGAGAAAGGCUGAGGUUGAGUGAGACAGGCUGAGUGAGGUUGAGUGAGAAAGACACAGUGAGACAAGGCUGAAAUGGACUGCAAUGAUGGAGGGAGUGAGACAGGCUGAGACAUAGUGAGACAGGCACAGACUGAGUGAGACAAGCUGAGACACAUUGAGACAGUCUGAUAUUGAGUGAGACAGGCUGAGACACAGUGAGACAGGCUGAGGUUGAGUUAGACAGGCUGAGACACAGUGAGACAGGCUGAGACACAGUGAGACAGGCUGAGACACAGUGAGACAGGCUGAGAUACAGUGAAACAGGCUGAGAUACAGUGAAACAGGCUGAGAUGGACUGUGAUGGCUGAAGGAAGGAGAUAGUGUGAGAGAGUGAGACAGGUUGAGAGGGAGUGAGACAGAGUGAGACAGAUGCUGCUGAAGGUCAUUUAGUUGAAUGGAAUAAUGAGCAAUUCCCAAACACUAGAGUUCAUUCCUGCUCUGGAGUCAUGUCCCUGAGCUCUGAGCCAAACACACAAACACAAAGUCUUACAGGAACACCAGACACAGGGCAGGUAACUAGCUACAGGCUAACGAUACUCAACCUGAUAACUCUUUUUUAAUUAACUGGCUAGCAGGACUAGCUAAUCAUGUGAUCCCUUCUAAAUACGGUGUUCUCUUUACUAGUGACUCAUCUUUUUUUAUGCCGGUUCUCAACACUGUCCCAAACCUCAGUUUGUAAUGAAUACAUGUUCUAACAAAAAACACAUUCUAAUAAAGACCUGCUCUAAUAAACAUCUUUAGUGAGUACUGCAGUUAGAAUGGGUUCUAAUGAGAACGUUUUACCACACGGUGACGUUUGGGACGCGGACAAUUCACAUGGUUAUUGUGAUGAUAAUGUAGGGAUGAUGUCAGAGCCGCUGAUGACACUGUUACAGAUGAUGAUGAUGAUGAAGAUGAUGAUGUCAUUGUGUUACUUUGCUCAUUUUUUACAUUUCUGUAUUUGAACUUCUUAGUUGUGUGAACAGGACUUUGUGGAAAUAACACAGGACAUUAUUGUGCUAAAAGUGGCAUCACCACACACACACACACACACACACACACACACACACACACACGUGUAUGUGUGACUUGAGUUGGACAUUUUGUCCUCUUUAUGUCCCUUGACAAUCGAACACUGAGGAAACAAAGAUGAAAGACUUUAGGAUCGUUAUGACAUCAUCACUGACUGUCUUACAGCACCGUUCACGACACGUGGGAAUUACGGUAAAGACGAGUUUCUGACUCGCAUCUCAACAGAACUUAUACAGAAAUAGAAUUUUCUGGAAUCUGGAAUCUCGUCACUGCUAAAAACAGCGUCAGGGUUAAACUCACACAUUCCCAUCAUCCUCAGCUGAUGACCUCAUCGUCCAUAGUGUAGUGCACUUUAGCUUUUUAGCGUGUAGCAAAAUAUAUAUAUAUAUAUUAAACCAUCACCGUGGUCAGUUUGUGUCUUUGGUGUUGGGUGUGUUUCCAUGGAAACACUGAUUUUCCCAGCUGGAGGAGAUGAAGUGCUCGGAGUGUCGUGUUUGCUGUAAUUCCACACGACGUGAACGUGAACGUGAGCGUGCUGUAACGUGAACACGGUGUAUUUAGGAAUUAUAAUUGUCUUUUUUACUCACUCUGUAUCUCUCAUCAGUGUGAAACUUAAAGCAAUUCUUCAUAUUCAAUAAAAC